CAGGGUUAGAAGACUGUCAAGGCCGUUCCGGUCGGUUUUUAUUUAUAUUGUCCUAUUGACCGGACAGAUUACCUUAUAACUAUCCGAUCUGGUUACAUAUUACCAACCAUAGUCCAUUGAAUUCAGGCCUGCUGCUGUCCUCGUAUAAUUUACAGGAAACCACUGGCAUCAGCUGUUCCUGGGAUGCUGGAAAAUAAUGCAGCUAGUAAUGUCGAAACUUGUGAGGGAGAGUGUCAAUUUCCUGGAGAUUUAAAACAACAUAGAAUUCCCAAAACCACAUUGUCUCUAGACAUUGCUGAUCGUUCAUUAUAUUGUGGUAUAUACAAAUGGCGUCCUCCGUUUUUGCGUAGUUCUGGAAACUUAAUAGCUUUCCUUGCUGCUGCUUGCUUUAUAUCUUGCCUACAGUCUUCUUUUUCUGGUUACACAAGCUCUCAAGUGACAACUUUAGAAAAACGGUUUGCGAUAGGCAGCAGUGUUAUAGGAGUAAUCAAUUCUUGUUUUGAAGUUGGCUAUAUUUUUUCUGUUAUAUAUGUCAGUUACGUUGGAAGUCAUGGUCGAGUACCUGUGUGGAUAUCAAUUGGCCUUUUUAUAAUGUCCGCUGGAUCAUUUUUGUGGUCUCUGCCUCACUUCGUUUUCUUUGAUAGUAGUAGAACAAGUUCUGUUUCCUUAAAUGAACAACUUUGUGUUUUAUCCAAGAAUACAAGUACCUGCGCUGAAGGAUGUGAUGACAAGUCGUUAAUUGGCUGUUCAGAAUCUUCUACCAUUGGUUAUGCCUUUCUUCCCGUUUUUAUUCUUGCCCAGCUGUUGAUUGGUGCUGGUUCGAGUCCAAUUUUGACAUUAACCCCCCCUUUCAUCGAUGAUCAUGUACCUUCUUCCAAAGCGCCCCCAAUGAUAGCUUCGCUAUAUGCAGCUUCAGCAAUGGGUCCUGUUAUAGGAUUUGCCUUGGGAGCGUUUUUGCUGCAGUACCCAGCUGAUGUCUUAACUAUGUAUAGACCUUUCAAAAUAGGUCCUGAUGAUCCUGAAUGGAUUGGUGCCUGGUGGGCCGGAUUCAUUUUAUUAGGAGGUCUUGUUUUCGUUGGGGCCAUUAUACUCUUGAUGUUUCCGAGAAAAUUACAGGAAUUCUCUUGUUGUGAUUCUUUGAAAUCGAAGAAAUUGUCCAUUAAGAGUGUACCAAUGAAUAAUGGUUGUGUAUUAAGUGAAUCAACUCCAAUGAGGCCACAUGAUAAACAUACAAAUUCUACGUUAGAAACUGAAAUAAAUCCUGAUAAUGACUCUGAAUAUCAAAGUCCUUGGUCAGAUUUUUCUUCUUCACGGCGAAGUCAACGAAAAAGUCGAAGCUCAAAUUCUCAUUUUCAAAGUCAACCGCUUGAUUCAAAGAAUACAUGGAGUGAUUUUAGUACCGUCGUGUGUUCACUUAUUCGAAAUAAAAUUUACAUUAUGGCUUGUUUUUGUAUAUGUUCAGAAAUGUUUAUUGUUGUUGGAUUUGCAUCAUUUUUACCAAAAUAUUUAGAAAUGGGAUUUCGAAUUAAUAAAUCGUCAAGCAGCUUAAUAGCUGGUGGUCUGAUUGUACCCUGUGGUGCGUUCGGCAUUUUAGUCGGUGGGAUUAUUCUCAAUAGAUUUCAAUUUCGUCGUAAAGGUGCUAUCCGAUUUGUUCUCGUGGUUAAUUUGAUCAUUUUAGCUUGCAUGUGUUCAUUUUUCCUUUUGGGCUGUAAAAAUCCCUCAAUUGCUGGUUUAACUGUGUCUUAUCCAGAAGAUUCACUUUAUUCACGUAACAUUUUAUCAGUAUGCAAUGCUAAUUGUUCAUGUAAUCAAAAUGAAUGGUCUCCAGUGUGUCAUUUAGCUUCUGAUAUCACGUACAUUUCACCUUGUCAUGCCGGUUGUCAAGAGAGAUUCCUUCUCAAUAACUCAAUAUAUGAGUUUCGUAAAUGUGCUUGUACAUUACACAGCAUCAAUAAUAACAGUAUUGUUUCGUCUAAGAUUACUGAUGUAACAAAACCUGGUGAAUGUGAUUUACACUGUCAUACACUAAUUCCAUUUGUUGUUCUAUUAACAUUUUUAUUAUUCCUAACUGGUGUAAUUCAAAAUCCUUUAUUAAUGGUUACAAUGCGAUCAGUUGAUCAUAAUCAACGUUCUUUUGCUUUGGGCCUUCAAUUUACAAUAGUACGAUUGUUUUCUUACUUACCUUCACCAAUCGUAUACGGACGUGUGAUUGAUGGAGCGUGUCGAUUUUGGCGAACAGAAUGUGGUCGUGUAGGUGAUUGUGCUUUUGUAGAUGUUCGAGAUUUAAAUUUAUAUAUAACUGGCCUUGGAUUGGUUGUCAAAGGAUCUGGUCUUUUAUUUUACUUUUUCCUAUUAUACUUUCUUUAUCGUGACAAAUCAGCUGAUAACACUACUUAUAAUAAUCAUGGUAGUUUAGCCAAUGAACCUAAACAUUUACAUGGUGAAGCUAACGGUCCAAAAGUACCAACUGUUGUUGUAUCGUAUGGUAGGCCAUGACGAUAUUUGUAUAUACAUUUGUAAAAAUACCAAUUUCUGAAGAUUUUCUUUCCCCUUUUGUCUAUCUCCACCUUCGUUCCAAUUUUUAAAAAUCUUAUUCGAGAAAUUCUCUUCACUCUCUUCCUUGAUAUUGUAUAACUAUUGUCCAUCUUAAAAUAAAAUUCUACGUGUCUUUAUGAAUUUAAUGAAGUAUAAAGCAUUAUGAGGGUAAUUGAGUAGGACAGGAAUAGUCUAUGAAAAACUUUGUCUUCACCUGCCAUUUAUUAAAACUUUUAUUGCCAUAAUCCGAUUCAUUGAUAUAUUUCAUAUGGCUAAACAGAUUUUAUCAUAGAAAUACAACACUAUUUUUCUCUCUUUUUCAUUUAUAAAAAGCUUUCUUAUUUUUGUUGUAUCAUACAGAUCGGAAAAACAGUGUUUGUCGAUUUUUCAAUUCUUUUUUUUUCUUGUUACUUCUUUGUCUGUACUAGACCGUUAUUCGAUAUAUUUAUACUAAAAUAUGUACUAUAACUUGGGUAUAAAAACAGCUAGUGUGUAAUGUAAACAGAUCUAUAAUUCAGUUUUUAAAAGUUAUAAAGAUCUUGACUAAUCAAUCAGCAGUAAAACCAGAAUAACGAUGAUGAUGACGUUGAUAAGGAAUUACGCUACCUGAAUGUAUGGGGGGAACUGGUUGGUUCACUUCUCAUUUUUACUGGUGAUCUUUUUCUUUCCUAUUAAUAACUGAACAAUUGAUCUUGUUUUAAAGUUUUCUUCUAUUUACUGAAACAUUUUUUCUUCUUUUUCUUGUGUAUAUUUAUUAUUAUUAUCAUCAUCAAAUGAAUGAUAAUUUUAUUUUCUACCUUCCUAUCAAUUUUCAUCAUAAUUGAUGUCAAGAAAUGUAAUAUGAAAACCUAAAUAUAUAUUUUUAUUGAAAUGAUA